UUUGCUAUUAUUACAGUAGGUGCAUUAUCUUUCGUCAACAAUGUAAUAUUCGGAAUGAAAUGUUUGUUAGAUUUUUCGUGUAUUUGUGAUAUGUAAGGUGAUAAUUGACCACAUAUAUAAAAACUAGGAUUAUGGAGGAAUCUAACGAGGAGGCCAAUGUCGUUCCCGAACUCUACUUUCUGAUAGCGAAAUUUCUCUCCGGGGGCCCUCUGAAGGAGACUGCGAAGACUUUACUGAAAGAGCUCGAGCGCGUAGAGGUGCUGCCCAGACGGCUCGACUGGGAGGGCAACGAACACACGCAGUCUUACGAUGAAUUGGCGGCACAACACAAUGACAUGUCGUGGCGGCGGCUGGCGGCGGUGUGCGAGCGCGCGCUGCAGCUGGCCAGCAGCGGCGCCCUGGCCACCAAUGGCAACCCGAGCAGUACAGCAGUGGCCACCCCCGCCGCCGCUAUCGGCGUGGCCGGUGUGGCCAGUGCGAGCAGCGUGGCCAGUGAGCCGCAGAUGAGACUCCGAGCGCGCUUGUCUCUGCUCAGCGAGUCUCUGGUCAGACCGAAACCUAAGUACUCCAUGCACAAGCCGGAUCAUUCUCUCGUGCGGCGGCUGGUGCGGCGCGAGCUGGGCGGCUGCGGGCGCGUGUUCCCCGCGCGGCUGCUCUCCGGCCUGCAGCUGCAGCGACGCACGCUGGGUCACCUCUCCGCCGUCUACUGCCUCGUCUUCGACUGCACCGGACGAUACGUUGUCACUGGUGCGGACGACCUGCUGGUGAAGGUGUGGUGCGCGCUGGACGGGCGGCUGCUGAGCACGCUGCGCGGUGCGGGCGCGGAGAUCACGGACGUGUGCGUGUCGCCGGACGGCGCGCUGCUCGCCGCCGGCUCCGUGGAGCGCCUCGUGCGCGUCUGGUGCCUCGCCACCGGCGCCCCGCGCGCCGUGCUGCACGCGCACGCCGGCACCAUCACCUCGGUGCACUGGUCGGCGGCGGCGCACGGCGACGUGCGGUGGCUCGCCUCCACGUCGACGGACGGCUCGGUGGCGUUCUGGACAUGCGCGGCGGACGGGCAGUUCCUGUCGCAGCCGGUGCAGUUCGUGGAGCGCAUGAGGCCCGGCGCUUGCCACAUGAUCUGUGCCGCCUGGUCCGCGGGGGGCGCCUUCCUCGCCGCCGGCAGCGCCGACCACCACGUGCGCAUCUACCACGUCGAGGCAGCGGGCCCGCGCAGGGUGCUGGAGCAGGCGGUGCACGGGGACGCGGUGGACUCGCUGGCCUGGGCGCACCGCGGGCUGCGCCUGGUGUCGGGGAGCAAGGACGGCAGCGCGGCGCUGUGGACGCUGCAUGCGACGCAGUGGCGCCACCACCUGCUGCAGGACCACACCAAGCGUCUUAAGGUCACCAUGGUGUGCUGGGACCGCAGCGACGCCUACGUCAUGACCGCCGUCUCCGACAACACAGUGCGGGUGUGGUGCUCGCGCACGUGCCGGCAGGUGCGCGUGCUGAGCGGACACCGGGACGAGGCGUACGUGCUGGAGGCGCACCCCUUCCUGCCGCACGUGCUGCUCUCCGCCGGACACGACGGCCAGCUGUUCGUGUGGGACGCGGAGGCGGGGGAGGUGCUGGCCAAGUUUCACAACCGCAUCGAUGGUCAGGGGGACGGCGCCAUCUUCGACGCGAAGUGGGGUACGGGCUGCAGCGUGGCGGCGUCCGACUCGCACGGCCACCUGCUGCUGCUGGGCCUCGGCCUCGGACACCGCCUGCUGCGGCAGCUGCCCCCGGAGCUGUUCUUCCACACUGACUACCGCCCGCUCGUGCGAGACGCGCUGGGCGGAGCGCUGGACGAGCAGACGGAAACGCCCCCGCACCUGAUGCCGCCGCCCUUCCUGGUGGACGUGGAGGGCGCCCCGCACGCGCCCGCGCUGCAAAGGCUGGUGCCGGGGCGCGAGCGGCUGGCGCUGCGGCCCGUGCUGCCGCGCACCGCCCCCGCCGCCGCGCCCAGCGCCCCGCCCGCCCCGCUCGGCCCCUGGCGCGGCGAGGGAGUGCGCCACACCGCCGGCUCCUGGCAGCGCGACGAGGACCACCUGCCGCCCUGCACGCGCCCCCUCGUGCCCCCUCUGCCCGACUCCGUCAAACAGAGGAUCGAGCAGGCGAGUUGCGAGAUGAACGAGUGGGAGAGCGCGUGGUACUGGCGCGAGAUGCGGCGCCGCCCGGUCAUGAUCAGCACCGCGCCCGACGGACCCGCGCGCCGCCCCGGCCGCCGCCCCCGCUCCGCGCGCGCCCCGCCCCAACCCCCGCCCGCCAUACGACCCACGCCCGCUAUGAUGCGCGUGGAGGAGUCCCCGUCGUCGGAGAGUUCUAGCGAGACGUCGGACUCGAGCGUGCGGCUGGAGGGCACCUCGGGCAGCGAGCACUCCUCGCGCUCCGCCGCCUCGCGCACGCGCCGCCCUCCUGAUGCACGCGCAAGAGCACGAGCACGCGCACACGCGCUCUGCACCGACAGUUCAUCGUCAUCGCAGUACUCGGACUGGGAGGCGGGGCCGGCGCUGGCUCCGCCCGCACGCGCACGUCGCAGGCCACAGCCCACCGCCAGGUACAGUCCCAGUACUACGACAACAAAACGCGUCGCUACCACCGCUCAGAGCGGACUCGCAAGUGCGGCCGAUGGCGGCGGUGCGAGCGGUGUCGCCGAGCCGGCUGAGCAGGCGGGCGGUGCGGGGGGUGCGGCGAGUGGUGGGGGUGCGGGGGGCGAGCUGCCGGAGGCGUACCGCGUGGGGGAGUGGCUGACGGCGGUGUCUCCGCGCAAGGCGCCCUACCAGCCCCAGAUGGGCGACCACCUCAUGUACUUCAGACUGGGUCACCAGCGGUACUUCGAGGCGGUGGCGGAGAAGGACGUGUACAAGAUCAACUCUCGCGACAAGCCCUGGGACAGGAUGCAUAUAUACGAGUGCGAGUCGGUGAAGGUGGUCGGCAUGAAGUACGUGAUAAAGCCCCCGCGUGUGGUCAGCCUGCGCCUGGCGAGCUCGCUGCCGACCAGCGGGACGGGGGCGGGGGGCGCGGGGGCAGCAAGGGGGGGACGCACCUUCACCGUGCGCUACCACGACAUGCCCGACGUGAUAGACUUCCUCGUGCUGAAGCAGCAGUACGACGCCGCGGUGGAGCGCAGGUGGGGCCCGGGGGACAGAUUCCGCUGCAUGAUAGACGACUCCUGGUGGACCGGCAUCGUGCUGGAGCGCACGGGGGCCGCGGACUCGGAGGAGGAGGAGGAGGCGGGUGUGGGCGCGGGCGCGGGCGAGGCGGGGGCGCGGCGGUGGGCGCGCGAGGCGGCCGCGCACUUCCUGUCGCUGCGCGUGCGCUGGGACAACGGCGAGGUGGAGCGCCUCUCGCCCUGGGACCUCGAGCCUGUGGACCCGCAAAGACUGCCGGCGGAGGCUGGGGGCGCGGUGCCGGUGCUGAGCUCGGAGCUGGCGGGGGCGCUGCGGCGCGCGGAGACACACGAGUGGGCGGCGGGUGCGUGCCGGCACAUCGCGCGACAUCUCGCGCUCGCCAUGUCGCUGUCCGCCGCCGAGCCCUUCGCCGCGCCGGUAGACCUGCAGCGCUACCCCACAUACGCCCGCCUCGUGCCCUACCCGGUGGACCUCUCCACUAUCAGAGCGCGCUUCGAAAACCUGUACUACAGACGCGCGGCGGCGGCGCAGUUCGACGUGCGCUGCAUCGCCAGCAAUGCGGAGCGCUUCAACGAGCCGCACUCGCCCAUUGUGAGACAAGCGCGUCUCGUCACUGACCUGCUGCUGCACAUCAUCAGCAACUGGCGCAAUGUGGACGUGGUGGGCAAGUACCACGAGCUGGCCGCCGCAUACCAGUCCUCUGAUGACGAGCCCCUCGCCGCCGCACUCACCAAGAAGAGAGCGAGCAGCGGCGGGUCGCGCUGGGUGUCCGCAUGCACGGAGCUGCUCAACGAGCUGAGCGCCUCCGCUGAUGCAGAGCCCUUCCGCCAGCCGGUCAGCCCGCACCAGGCACCUGACUACCAGCGCGUGGUGCGCACUCCGAUGGACCUGGGCACUGUGCGGGCGCGGCUGAGCGGCGGCGUGUACACGCGCGCUGAACACUUCGCGCGAGACCUGCGCCUCGUCUUCUCCAACAGCCGCCUCUACAACACCAACAAGCGCAGCAGAAUCUACUCUAUGACCGUGCGGCUGUCGUCACUGUUCGAGGCGUUGUGGGCGCGCGUCAGCAUGGAGUGCUGCCGCACGCGCAGCUCCACGCGCAGCACGACGCGCGCCCAGCACGCCGGCACGCGCUCGCGCAGUGCACGACGCACGCGACGCGCAGCACGACACACGCGACGCGCUGCACGACUCGCGCGCAACGAGAGUGUGCGAGACAAGUCCUCGGAGGAGGAGGAGGUGCGGGGUGCGGGGCGCAGCGCCAGCUCGGAGUCGGAGCCCCUCGCGGCCACGUCGCGCCGCGUGCACGCGCACACGCAUCCCUCUGACAACGACACCCCGCCACUCGCCAACCACAAGGGUAAAUAUAUAUCUACAUUCUAA